AUGUCCAAGGCGUCAAUGCCUGUCAAGGUCAUACAGAAAAAGUCUACGAGCUUUCCCAGCGGUUUCCAAUCCAUCUUUUGGCAAUGCCAAAAAGAAAGAAAGUCCAACGUAGAAGAUAGAGAGUGCUACGUAGAAGAUAGAAAUUCCUACAUAGAAGAUGGAAAUUCCAACGUAGAAGAUAGAAAGUCCUACGUAGAAGAUGGAAAGUCCAACAUAGAAGAUAGAAAGUCCUACGUAGAAGAUGGAAAGUCCAACGUAGAAGAUAGAGAGUGCUACGUAGAUGAUAGAAAGUCCUACGUAGAAGAUGGAAAGUCCAACGUAGAAGAUAGAAAGUCCUACGUAGAAGAUGGAAAGUCCAACGUAGAAGAUAGAAAGUCCUACGUAGAAGAUGGAAAGUCCAACAUAGAAGAUAGAAACUCAUACAAGAACUGGCCGCCUCAUAAAGAAAGAAAGUCCAACGUAGAAGAUAGAGAGUGCUACGUAGAAGAUAGAAAUUCCUACAUAGAAGAUGGAAAUUCCAACGUAGAAGAUAGUAAGUCCUACGUAGAAGAUGGAAAGUCCAACAUAGAAGAUAGAAAGUCCUACGUAGAAGAUGGAAAGUCCAACGUAGAAGAUAGAGAGUGCUACGUAGAAGAUAGAAAGUCCUGCGUAGAAGAUGGAAAGUCCAACGUAGAAGAAAGAAAGUCCUACGUAGAAGAUGGAAAGUCCAACGUAGAAGAUAGAAAGUCCUACGUAGAAGAUGGAAAGUCCAACGUAGAAGAUAGAAAGUCAUACAAGAACUGGCCGCCUCAUAGUCAAUAUAAUGUGUCUGGGUGA